AUGGAAAAUUUAUAUUAUUCAGAUAUCAACAAUUCUGUUUUCUUAAGACAUUAUGACAAUAAUUUAUUAUUAGUUAAUGGAAAUAGAAUUAAAUUUUAUGAUUAUGAAGAAAAUAAAAAUAUAAUUAGAGCUCGUAAUAUAGGUAUAUAUAAUAUUAAAGAUAUAGAUAAAAAUGAAAAGAUUGUAUAUGUUUCUAAUAAUGUAAAGUUAAAAAAACAACGCGGAAAUAAUAUAAAUGAAAGUGCAUUAAAUAAUAAUAAUAUUUUAAAUAAUGAAAUUAAUUCAAAUAAAGAGGAAAUUAACUAUGUAUGCAUUGCUUUUGAACAAGGAAAUGUAUGGUUAUGUUCACAAGAGGAAACAAGUAAGAUGUUCAUUUAUGAAAAAUUAAUUUAUAGAAAAGUUUGUGAUAUAAUUAAAAUUGAAUUAUUUGUUUCUAAAAAUAUUAUCAAUUCUUUAAUACUAUAUAAAGACUAUACUUUAAUUUUCAACAAUGAACAAUUACAAAAUUCCAUUAAGUUCCCAACACAUGAAUACACUUAUAAUUUUUGUUUAAGUAAUAACUAUCAAAACAUUGCAUUAUUUAAUCAUAAUAAUUUAUAUAUUUAUGAUAUUUUUAAAAGUAAAUUUCAAUUAGAUAAUAAAGAAUCAAAUAUUAACGGAAGCUCUAAUAAUACAAAUAAUGAUAAUAAUUGCAUAGAAGUUAAAAAUGUAUUUGAUUUAUCAAAAAAUUACAAGAAUAUAUUAAAUUGUGAUUGGCAUCCUAAGAAUCACUGUAUAGCAUUAUGCGGAAAAAAAUCAGUUAGAUAUUUGACAUUAUAUAAUUAUAAAGUUUAUAAUUUUUCUUGUACAGAGUUACAUGAACAAAUUAUUAAUUUGACGAAAUUUAUCACGAUUUCAAAUAAUGUGAUUUUAUUAAUUACUUUAAGUUGCGCUGAUUAUUUAUUUUGUAUAUGGGAAUUUGAGUUAGAGUGUUGUCUAUAUAAAUUUAAAAGCGAAUACUUAAUAUCUCAUUUUGAUCUCUCAUAUUUUAACAGUAACUUGCAUAUUUCUUUAUUAGCAGAAGAAAGCCAUUUGGCAAAUGUAAAGUUAUUAGAUAAAAGUAUUCUAAAAAAAAUAGAAUCCAAUGAUUCAGAAAAAGGUAGCAAUGCUGAAGAAAGCAGAAUUUAUUCAAAUGGUUAUGAACACACAAUUAGUGAAAUAGCAAACAAUAAAUAUAAUACAAUAAAUAAUAAUGCUCGCAAUUUCAAUAACUAUAAAAAGAAGAAUUAUAACAUAAAUGAUUUUGAAAAUGAAAAAGAUAUAAUGCAUUUAGAAUAUACUUCUCCUAGUAAUGAAAAUAGGAGUAGUGUUCACUCAGGAGAUAUUAAUUUGAAUAAUUAUAAUAAAAAAAAAAGAAAAAAAAAAAUAUUUAUUGAUGAUGAUGAGACUGAAGAACCUUUUAAUUUGUCAUAUAAAAAAUUUGCGAAAGAUAAAAACUUAGAAAAAGAAAAUAAAAGGGAAGACAAGGAGGAUCAUGAUUAUGAAAAUAAAAAAGUAGAUAAUAUUAAUCAUAUGAAAUAUUUAGAGAAUGAUGAUCAUAUAUAUAAUGGAAAUGAUAAUAAUAACAAUAUUGAUGAAGAAAAUGUUUAUAAUCCUAAAGAAUAUAAUCUACAAAAUUUUAUAAAUAAAAAUAAAGAUGUUUUAAGUAACAAGGAAGAUAAUUUCUUAUUUGAAAAUGAUGAUGACCAAAAGAGUGCAAUUGGAUUUAAUAGUUACAUUAAGGAAAAAUUUGAUGAACUAAAAGAAUUAAAGAAACAACUAGAUUCUUUGCAAAAGCAUGUCAUGAAUUAUUCUAAAAUUAAUCUUGAUGAUUUUAUUGUUCUAGUUCCAGGUUUGUGUGAAGAACCUGAAAAUAUAAAUGAUCAAUGGUGUAUGUUUUGGAAUGAUAUAGGUCAUAUAACAAAAAAAAAAGAAGGUAAUAAAACUUAUAUUUACAUAUUCUUAUUUAGAGGAGAAGAAGUUGGUAAAAAAAAAAUAACAGAUAUAUAUAAUGUAACUUGUGCAUCUCUAAGUGCAAACGGUUUUGCUUUAGCUUCGAAUCCAUAUGAAAAAUCCCUAUCUAAAAAUAAUAGCAUACUAUGUUUUCAUAAUUUAAAGGAUAAUAUUGUUUGGAAUAAGUAUUUACCAACUGAUGAAUUUAUAAAAGGGGUAGCUAAUGGUAAUAAUUUUGUUGCUAUUGUUACUUCAAAUAAUUUUUUAAGAAUUUAUUCUGUGUAUGGUUAUAUUAUCAAUACUAUUUUGUUGAAAGGCUUACCUGUUGCUAUUUGUGCUUAUGAUUAUUUACUUUUUGUUGUAACCUGUCAAUAUAUUUUUGAAAAUGUUAGAAGUUAUAAUAUAAAUAAUAUAUAUAACUGCACACUUUAUAAAAUUCAUGAAAAUUUUACUAAUUUAAAAGCAAGUAAAUAUAACACAUAUCAUAUAACUAUUUUAUAUGAUGAUAUUUUAUCCCUACCAGCAUGUCAUUAUUUAAACUGGAUAAAUAUGUCUAACUUUGGUAUCCCUUAUGUUAAAGAUACCUCUAAUUAUAUAUAUGGAUUAUAUCCUUUAUUUAAAAAAAAUAACAAUAUUGUUUAUGAAUGGGUUCCUGUAUUUAAUUUAAAUAAUUUGAAUGAGAUAGAAGAAAAAGAAAGUAAUUAUCAAGUAAAUGAGAACAAUUUAUCAAAAGAAAAUGAAGAAAAUGAGAAACUGGAAAAUAAUAAUAAUAGUAAUGAGGAUGAAGUAAAUAAUAGUACGCGUUGCAAUUAUUAUCCUUUAUAUUUUGAUAAUUAUGAACAAAUAUCUGUUAUAAAAUUACAUAAAAAUGAAGUAGAACCAUGCUCUAAUAAAAUUGAAAGUUGUUUAGGAUAUAAUGUAGAAAAAAAAUAUAUUGUUAUGAGUGAAUGCAACUUAAUGAAAUAUGAGAAAUAUGCUAAUUUGCUACAAAAAAAUCCAAAUUUAUCCUUAGAUAAUGAUUCUAAUAAUGAUGAAUCAGCUGUAUUACCCUGGGAACAGUAUGAUGAAAUGAGAUGUAGAGUGGACAUUUACUGUAAACAAUUAUUUGCAAACAUUUUUUAUGAUUACAUGAACGAUGAAAAAAAUAAAAAUGCUAACGAUAUGUUGAAAUCUUUAAAUAAGUUAUAUGACAAAUGGAUCAUGAGAAUGUUUGCUAUACUUAAAAAUGAUAAAAAAAAUCAAAAGUUAGCUGUUAAGAUAUCAAGAUUAUUUAAAAAUAUAAAAAAUAUGAUGUUAGCCUUAAGUUUAGUAGAUGAUGAAUAUAGUACAUUACAUAGUGAACUUACAAAUGAAUAUUUAAAAAGACAAAUUAAAGAUGAAACUUAUAAAAAUUACGAAGAAAAUUUAAAUUAUGAUGAAGAUUAUAAGGAUGAUGAACAAAAUCGUAGAGAGAUAUAUGAAAAAUACUACAACACAAAUCAAAAUAUAUUAGAAGAAGAAAAAAAAAAAUUUUUUAAUUUUAAACAAAAUGAUCAAGUAUUUAUUAACCCUACAAAAAAUAAUUUAGAAAAUAAAGAAAAAAAAGAAAGUAGAUUCUUAGAUAAAUUUUUUACAGGUGUAACAAAGAAUAAAAAUUUUGAUAAUUUGUUUUCUCAAGAAAAAAAAAAUACACAAAUUAAAAAGAAAUCUACUUUAGAGGAUUUAUUUGCAGAAAUAAAAGAAAACUAA